ACCCAAUUGGGGAUCCCUGAUCAGUGUGACCAGAGACAGGGUCGGAGAAACAUGGAGCCCAACACUAUCCAGGUGACAAGGAUGGAAUAUGCCAUGAAGUCCCUCAGCCUUCUCUACCCCAAGUCCUUCUCCAGGCAUGUGGCAGUGAGCACCUGCACCUCAAUGGUGACCCAGCAGCUACUGACCGAGUCCAGCCUGGAAGCCCCCAAGGCCCGGCCCUGCAGAGUAAGCACUGCUGACCGGAGUGUGCGGAAGGGCAUCAUGGCGCACAGUCUCAAGGACCUCCUCCACAAGGUCCGGGACACCCUGAUGCUGGCAGACAAGCCCUUCUUCCUGGUGCUGGAGGAAGAUGGUACAAUUGUUGAGACAGAAGAGUAUUUCCAAGCCCUGGGGGAUGACACAGUGUUCAUGGUCCUCCAGAAGGGGCAGAAAUGGCAGCCCCCAUCAGAGAAGAGUACUAGGUACCAACUCUCCCUCUCCCGUAAGCCCGGCAAGAAGAUUGAUGUGGCCCGUGUAACCUUUGACCUAUACAAGAUGAACCCACAGGACUUCAUUGGUUGCCUGAAUGUGAAGGCCACUCUGUAUGGCACCUACUCCCUUUCCUAUGACCUGCACUGCUACCGGGCCAAACGCAUCAUGAAGGAAGCUCUUCGUUGGGCCCUCUUCAGCAUGCAGGCCACAGGCCAUGUGCUGCUUGGCACAUCGUGUUAUAUGCAACAGUUCCUGGAUGCCACAGAGGGAGGGCAGCCCCCUGAGGGCAAAGCUCCAUCGCUCAUCCCAUCCUGUCUGAAGAUGCUGCAGUGAAGGCCCAAGUCCUUGGAGGCAUUCCCCAGAGAAGGAAUAGACGGGGGGCCCCCAUGCUCAGCUAGUAGCACCUACAAACCCAGUUAGGCAGCUUCUUAUCUUGCCACACCUUCCUCACCU